AUGCAUAAGCGCCAACAAGAAGAAAAACCUCUUUUACUCCACACACAUCCACAACCACUAGCUCAAGACACGACUCGUGGUGGCGACGAUUCCGGUGGCUUGGGGGAGCUGAUGGAGGAGGCAAAUAUGGUUGCGGAGUACAGUAGAGAUAGUCGUAAGCCACGAAGGCUCAUAGUUGGUGCAGGGAAGAAUGCGAUUGGUAUUGGGACUUGGGUUGUAGUGAGGGUGGUGGUUCAUCAAUUUGGGAGAGCGCCUGAGCUUGGGAUGCAAUGGCUUGACUGGGUGGCUCGCCGCGUUGGGUGGCGUGAUUUCGGUGGCUUCGUGGAGCUGAUGGAGGCGCGAAGGAGGGCGAUGGUGGUCGUGGAUCAGGCUGGUGAAGGUGCAAUGGUCGAUGGUUUAGGUCAUGGGGUAGAAAAAGAGAGGGGGUGA